UUCUGUUUAUUUGUCCUGGACAUUGAUUAUGGAGUCUACAUUGCAACAUAUCAAUAAGCUCAUGGCUUGUUUCCCUUUUGUGGUCUGUUUCAAGUAACUUGAUGCAUGUUUGGUAUUUGUAGGCUGUCAGUGGCAAGUUUAGUCCAAUCAAGCAGCACUUCUAUUUUGAUGCUCUGGAGUGUUACCCAGAUGUCAAAACUCCAGAUUCACAAAGUCAUCCUCAGAACAGUCGUUAUGAUGGGCAAACUGUUCUCUUCGGACUUGAUUUUCAAAAGAAACUUGGUGACGUCAAAGCAUUUGUGGUUGGAGCUGGUGCUAUUGGUUGUGAACUGCUGAAGAACUUGGCAUUAAUGGGUAUUGGAAGUGGUUCUGAGGGUCAAGUGACUGUCACUGAUAUGGACAUUAUUGAAAAGUCUAACCUGAACAGGCAAUUUUUGUUUCGCCCAUGGGAUGUUCAGAAGCCAAAGUCAUCAGUUGCAGCGAAGGCAGCCAAGGCAAUCAAUCCAUCUUUCAACGUUGUUUGCCAUGAGAAUAGAGUUGGUCCUGAGACAGAAAAUGUUUAUGAUGAUGCUUUCUUUGAGUCUCUGACUUGUGUUUUCAAUGCUCUGGACAAUGUUGAAGCCAGAACGUAUAUGGAUCGUCGGUGUGUGUAUUACAGGAAACCUUUACUAGAGUCUGGCACUUUAGGCACUAAAGGAAAUGUACAAGUAGUUCUACCAGACAUAACGGAGUCGUAUUCAUCUAGUCAGGAUCCACCUGAGAAAGCUAUUCCAAUUUGCACUCUCAAGAAUUUCCCAAAUGCUAUUGAGCACACGCUUCAAUGGGCUAGAGACUCUUUUGAAGGCCUCUUUUGUCAGCCUGCUCAGAAUGCCAACCAGUUUCUAACUGAUUUGAAAUUUGUAGAGAGAACAUUAAAGCAGCAAGGAGCACAGCCAAUCGAGACAUUGUUGAUUGUGAAAAAAGCUUUAGUUGCUGAACGACCUAAAACUUUUGAGGAUUGUGUGGCAUGGGCCAGAAGAGAAUUUCAGGAUCAGUUCCAUAAUCAAAUUUCGCAACUGCUCUUCAACUUUCCGGCUGACUCAUUGACAUCGUCUGGUCAACCAUUUUGGUCUGGUCCAAAGAGAUGUCCAAAGCCUGUUGAAUUCUCUGUAAACGAGUCAAUGCACAUGGAUUAUAUUGUAGCUGCAGCAAACUUGAAAGCAGCGUGUUACAAGGUCACAGGAACAAGAGACGUAGAAACAAUCAAGAAAAUUGUGGAAGCAGUAAAAGUGGCCAAAUUUGUUCCAAAGUCUGGUGUAAGAAUAGCUACUACAGAUGCAGAGGCUGAAGCAUUGGGAUCACAAAGUGACGUUGAUGUUUCUGACCUAAAGAAGUCUCUUCCUGAUCCUAAGAGCUUUGGAACAUUUAAGAUGACAGCAGUAGAGUUUGAGAAGGAUGAUGACACUAAUUUCCACAUGGACUACAUUGUAGCUGCUUCUAAUCUUAGAGCAACCAACUAUGGGAUUGCAACUGCAGAUAGGCACAAGAGUAAGCUGGUUGCUGGCAAGAUUAUUCCAGCUAUUGCCACUACAACAUCUGUUGUAGUUGGUUUAGUUUGCUUGGAAUUUUAUAAGAUUAUAAAUGGUUGUUGUGGUAUUGAGUCUUACAAGAAUGGAUUUAUUAACCUUGCUCUUCCAUUCUUUGGCUUCUCAGAGCCGAUAGCAGCACCAAAGCAGAAGUACAUGGACAAGGAAUUUACUCUUUGGGACAGAUUUGAAAUUGAAGCUAUGAGAGAUGGACAAGAGAUGACCGUGAAAGGUUUACUAGACUACUUUCAGAAAGAGCACAAGUUGGAAGUGACGAUGCUAUCACAGGGUGUCACACUUCUCUUCUCAUUCUUUAUGCCCGCAGACAAGAAAGAAGCACGUCUAGCAAUGCCGGUGACCCAAGCUGUUGAAACUGUCUCAAAACGAAAAAUUCCUUCACACGUCAAGGCACUGGUUCUCGAAUUGUGCUGCAAUGACCCAGAUGGCGAGGAUGUUGAAGUUCCAUUUGUUAAGUACAUCUUUAAACAUUAGCUAUCACUUACAACAUGCGUAAAGUGACAAAGGACUGUGUUCAUGGCUUUGCAAUGAGUUUGUUGUGUAUUUUGUGUUGCUGUGGUUUGCAAUGGUCUCGCCAUGACUUUUA